AGACAGGACGCAAGUGAAUUUUUUUUGUUUAUGCUCAGUUUAUUAAAUCUGUUAUUGUAUAAAGAUAUUAUAACCUGUAAUUCAUUCAUUUUGUAUUUUUGUUUGAGAUGUACCACGAGUACAGUCAAUUAUAUUACAAUUUUGUUAAUUUGCACGACCUAUGAAACGCAUUUAAUCCUAAUGCAAAGUAGUCUUAACCAUAUAAAUUGUAAUGAAUCUGAAACGACAUCUCCACAAACCACAAUUAAAAAAUACAGAACUCAAACCAAAAUCAACCUAAUCGCCCAGCCACUUUCGGCUAUCAUUAAAAUUUAGACUUUAUUAUACACCGCGAUGUGGUGUGUGGCAUUAUAAAUUAUAUGUGCCUUGGAUGCCAUUUUAGGAAAGCAUUUCCGAAAGCUGUCAUAAUUCACAUUAGGGGCAACAUCUGCGGACAAGGGUCUUAAUUAAUGUUGGACUUUAACAUUGCCGCCGUAUUUGGCCGAUCAGAAAUUAUACGGUUAAUGGAGUAAUGCAGUAUAAUUAAUAUUACGACGUGGGCUAAGGAACCAAAGACAUAAUUCAAUAAAACCUAUAAAAACCUAAAUUUCCGAAGAUGGCUGGGAAUCCCACACGUCUGCAAACGCUUGAUAAAUAGGUCUUGCAGAUGUUUUGAAAUUACACCUGCGAUUUGGUAUUUCUUGCUUGGGGGGCGGCAGAGCCCCCGGCGGCCCGGUACCGGCGCUGCCUGCGCACAGACACCCGUGACUCAUUCACAUCCGAGCCGCGCAGCCCCGGCGUCUCCACCCUUGGCGGCGGGACGAUGGCUGAGGGAGGCGGACCCGAGCUGGGCGGCGGGAUACGGGCCGAUCCGGAGCCGGCGCGGCCUCGCAUGGCCAUGCCCUCGGCCGAGGAUCAGAAACAGACCGUCGGGGUCCUGAUCAAGACGCCGCUCAGAAAGGGGGAUGACUGGUUCCUGAUUGACACCAGGUGGUUCAAGCAAUGGAAGAAGUAUGUGGGCUAUGAGAGCUGGGACAUGUACAAUGUUGGGGAACGGAACCUCUUUCCAGGUCCUAUAGACAACUCAGGACUUUUCUCGGACCAUGAGGCACAGUCCUUGAAAGAACAUCUAAUCGAUGAGCUUGACUAUAUCUUGCUGCCCACUGAGGCCUGGCAGAAUCUUGUCAGCUGGUAUGGGUUCUUAGAGGGUCAGCGGCCCAUUGUCCGGAAGGUUGUGGAGCAUGGAAUGUUUGUGAAACACUGUAAAGUGGAAGUCUACCUCUUGGAGCUCAAUCUGUGCGAGUUUAACAACAUGGACAAAGUAGUGACUAGGCACUUCAGUAAGGCUGAUACUGUAGGUACGAUUGAAAAGGAGAUGAGGAAGCUGUUUGGGAUUCCCAUGGAGAAAGAGACUCGCCUGUGGAACAAGUACAUGAGCAACACGUUUGAGCAGCUUAACAAGAUGGACAGUACAGUGCAGGAUUCCGGACUUUUCCAGGGCCAGAUGCUGGUUAUUGAACAGAAGAAUGGGGAUGGUAUGUGGUCCAGACAGUCCCAACAUGCCAAGUCCAGCACCGCCCUGUCCCCGAGCUUCACUGCCUCCUCAGCGCUCUCCUCUAACUCUUGGGUGUCUUUGACUCUGACCAAUGGGGACAGCAGCAUUUCUGGUUACGCAAUGAACAGCAGUGCCUCAUCUGACAAUAGGAUUGGAGGUUACAGUUCAUACAGCUCAUCAUACAUCUACUCUGAGGCCCAGACUCAGCCUGGUUUGUGUGGCCUCAGUAACCUGGGCAACACCUGCUUCAUGAACUCCGCUCUUCAGUGCCUCAGCCAUGCGUCCCCGCUCACAGAGUACUUCUUGAAUGACCACUAUGAAGCUGAGAUCAACCGGGAGAAUCCAUUGGGGAUGAGAGGGGAGAUCGCUGAGGCUUAUGCAGACCUGAUCAAGCAGCUGUGGCUCGACUGUAACUGCAGCUACAUGGCUCCUCGCACCUUUAAGACCCAAGUUGGCCGAUUUGCCCCCCAGUUCUCAGGCUACCAGCAACAAGACUCCCAAGAGCUGCUGGCCUUUCUGCUGGAUGGGCUCCACGAGGACCUUAACCGUGUCAAGAAGAAGCCUUACCUGGAGCUGAGGGAUGCUGAUGGCAGACCAGAUGAGACUGUAGCAGCAGAAGCUUGGAGAAACCACCAGCUGCGCAAUGACUCCAUCAUAGUGGAUAUCUUCCACGGCCUCUUCAAGUCCACUCUCGUCUGCCCAGAAUGUUCAAAAGUCUCCGUCACUUUUGACCCAUUCUGCUACCUGACGCUGCCGCUGCCGAUGAAGAAGGACCGCACGAUGGAGGUGUCCCUGGUGCGCACCGAUCCCCAAAGCAGGCUCAUGCAGUACAGGGUGGUGGUUCCCAAACUGGGCACCGUUGUAGAUCUGUGCAAUGCACUAUCAAAAUUGUCAGGAAUUGCUACAGAGAAUAUGAUUGUAGCAGAUGUUUACAAUCAUCGGUUCCAUAAAAUCUAUCGGAAGGAGGAUGGCCUGAGUAGCAUAAUGGAUAAAGACGACAUCUUUGUCUAUGAGGUGGAAGCGGAGGAUGAGAAUGGCCUCAACCUCCUGAUGUAUUUCAGAGAGAGGCAGACGAAGUCCGCAGGAGGAUCCCCAGGGACGGUGCUGUUUGGCCAGCCCCUGCUUAUCACCGUCCCCCGGCAAGGCCUCUCCGUAGAUCUGCUGUACUCAAAGGUGUUUGAUCGAAUCAGGCGUUACGUGAAGUGGCCCCAGGAAUCUGUCACUGAAGGGAAGGAAUGUUCCUCAGCAGCAGUGCAUGGCAGCUGCCAUGAUGCUGAGGAACAUAUGCUGCAUGGUUGCAACACAGACAGUCAGUGUGUCGACCCUUUGGCAGAAGUGAUGCCAUGUGGAUUAGAGUCAAACAGCAAACAGCAGUCUGGGAUCUGCAGUGGCUCCAGUAAAGUUUGUGAAGAGGAAGAAGCAAUGGAUCACCAGGUCAGCCCAGAGCCAGAGUAUAGUGCAUCGGAAGCAUCUGUGUGUGAUGAUGAAGAUGAAGAUGACGAUGAAGAUGAGGAGGGAGGUGGGGAGGUGAAAAAACUCCUCGCUGCUUGCACAUCCAAGUCAGGAUUUGGAAGCUCUCAGGCCAAACUCUUCUCAUUCAGUUUGAUCAACUCUUACGGGACAGCAAAUACUGCGCUGCUGCCUGGAGAUGGAAACCUCCUGAAGCUCAACAAACUUUCCACAGUGGCAAUGGACUGGAAUCCAGAAAUGAAGAAACUGUACUAUGAUGACCAGGAGGCAGAGGCCUACGAGAAGCAUGAGAGCAUGCUGCACUUGCAGAAGAAGAAGGUGACCGUGGCUCUGAAGGAGUGCAUUGAGCUCUUCACCAGCAUGGAGACCCUGGGAGAGCAUGAUCCCUGGUACUGCCCCACCUGCAAAAAACACCAGCAGGCAACAAAGAAGUUUGAUCUGUGGUCCUUCCCCCGUAUCUUGGUGGUGCACCUCAAGCGUUUCUCUUACAACCGCUGCUGGAGGGACAAGCUGGAUACAGUAGUGGACUUCCCCAUCAGAAACUUGAACAUGUCAGAGUUUGUGUGCAACCCAAAGGCUGAGCGUCACGUGUACGAUCUCUUUGCCGUGUCUAAUCACUACGGUGGCUUAGGUGGAGGGCACUAUACUGCCUUUGCCAAGAACAACAUGGAUGAGAAGUGGUAUUAUUUUGAUGACAGCAGUGUUUCUUCUGCUACAGAAGAUCAAAUUGUGACAAAAGCUGCUUAUGUUCUGUUUUACCAAUGCAGAGACGGGGACAGCCCCGCAAUCUCAUCGACAUCCCUAACCACACAGGACACUGAGACAGGAGAUGACAAUAUGGACACAAACUGAGUGAACUUGGUGCGAACACAUCUUGAUAAAAGCCAGUACAAAUGAAUACACAGAUCAAGUAAAAAAAUACGCCCCAUAACAAAACCACGAUUUAAUGUUGAGGUGUGUAUGCGAGUGUGUGUCCAACAUUUAUGAUCACAAACAACCAAACUUAACCUUUGGAUUCAAUUAUAAAGUUCCCCCAAAGCUACUUAGCACUUUGUAACAACACUUCUCUCAAUAGCUUACCUUAUUAUUAGCUUGGCAGUAAACUCACGAACUGCAGGUGCAGUUUAUCUUAUGGCUAAAUGUAUACAUGUUUUAACCAAGAUCUUAAGAGAACAUUCUGUCUGUGGUGUGAGUAGGUUUGUCAGCGGAGUCAUCCACCUGUCCAUUUGUUUAUACAGUAUCUGUGAAUAUGUUUAUUGUAGGAUAUUUAUUUUGAACCUUCUAUAUCAGUGUGCACUUAAUGGACAAAAAGAUGCUAAUGGUGUAUGUGGACUUCUACCAUCUGAUAGGAAGGACAACUGGUGCUUCUUUUUGCAGUCAUCAUUCUUCCCUGCAUUUUUAAACUCCAGAUGUAGUUAAUUGGUAACAUUAUCGUCCAAUCAUGUCUUUCCCCUCCUUGCUGUACCAGAUUGCACUCUCCUACAAGCAGAACAUUGUAGUUUAAUUCUUGCUUGUCCCUCCUUUUUAAAAAUUCCACAACACAAUACUGGAAAAGAUUCAGUCUUGCCCACUUUGGCAAAAUGUGCUGCUGCACAAACAGCCUUAAAGCAAGAUUGUUAGUCAUUUGAAUUGUCCUAACAUUAUUGGAGUAACCCAUGACAAUACAUAUUACUUGAAUCCAUUUUAAUGUUGCUGUAAUCGUCUUUUUGAUUUCCAAUGGGGUUGUGUUAUGGCCCAUCUGUGUUAAGCCUGCCUUGUGUUUAGGUUUCUGCAUUAACCCCACCCCAACCCAAAUGCAGUAUCUAGAUUUGCACUGAUGAAGACUGCCAUUUCUUAAAGUGGCAUGAGGUUUAUGAAGCUUAAAAUUGCUGCGGUUUGGGGGGGGGGUAUAACCUGGGAGUCUGAAGAACAUUUCACUUCAUUGUGUUAAACUAUUGAAGUAUCUGGUUGUACUUCUUUAAAGCACUGGAUUUGUAACCUACAGUGGCGUUUUAUCCUGAAGAGUGAGUCGCCAAAGGAAAAUUAAUAAUCUCCAAAUGUUUAUGUCCAAAGUCUGAGUUGGAAAAUAUUAUUCACCCCCACAACUAAAUGUUCAGUUUAGUGUGCUUGUAUCUAUUGAUUUCUAUCUAAUAUUGUUCAAAGCCCUGCACGUUAGAAGCAAACCAAUGUUAUAUAUAUAUAAUAUAUAUUUCAGUAAUGUAUGUACUAUGUGUACUAUAUUUGCAUACAAUAAAAUGGUAAUAUGAAUUUUA